AUGUUUAAUGGUAUUAUCGAUUUACCAUACUUAAGUAGUGCUGCUCGACGACAGAGCGUUGCAGAUCUCUUAAAGUUUCGUCUUUUGAAUUAUAAUUUGUUUAUUAGGAACAAGAUGAAAAAAAAUACACAAAAACCUAAGAAGUCUUCUGAAAAGAAGCAUAUGAAGAAGAAGAUAUUUAAAAAUAAUAAGGGAAAGUUUUUUAAAAAGCAUCCUGGUGCCGAUAAGUCGAAAAAUAAACCGAAUUUGAAGCAUGGUAAAGAUCACAAGAACAAAUUAUCAAAUAAAGAAAUAAAGACAAAUAAAAGGAAAGAAUCCAAAUUAGAAUAUAAAAAGAGAUUAAACAGGUUGUACUCGUCGUUGCUUAUGAACCACAAGGAUUCGGCCAAAGCCCUGGAAUCGAUAAAUUCGUUGCUUAAAGAGUUACCGGCAAACUACUCUCAGGAAUCUAACAAGAAGAACGUUUCGAGGAUCCUCCAGGCGUGCCUGAAGUACGGAACGGCAAGAGAGCGGAGUUUAAUCUUCGAAAAGGCCAAGGAAAACUUUAACAUACUGAACCUCAACUCACACAGCAGCAAGUUUUUCAUAAAGCUGUUUCACUACUGCAACGUUGACGUGAAAAGGUUUCUGCGAGAAGCCUUCUUUAACGAGAAACAGAAGAAUCUGCUGUUUAGCAGAUACGGCUCGGAAGUCAUGGACGUCAUGUACAUUAAACUGAAGUCCAAGGAGCAAAUUGCAGUGCUUAAGCUCUACUGCCUGGCUAACACAUUCUUCCUAAACAAGGAGGACUCGAAACGCUCUAAGGAAAUCAACUCAAUAAAUCAGUUGAUAGACUUGAUACUGAACUCAGAAUAUAAAAGCGCGUGUAUAGAAAAAAUGUGCUCCGUGGUGACUAAAUUGGUUGAAAAGGAGUUGUUGAUUACUUCUUUAUCACAUGAUAUUCUGUUUGUUUAUUUACACAUUUUGGAAGAUGAGGAACCAGCAUUGGAGCCAAUGAAUAGUAAAGCGGAACUAUUAUCGCAAAUGUAUAAAAUAUUCGGACAAUUGCUGUCAACGAGAAGCGGCAACAGCUGUAUGCUGAAGCUGAUGGACUACGCAAACAACAAGAUUAAAAAGUACAUAGUCAAGAGCCUAAAACGCGACUUCCCAGAAGCAAUAUACAAUCAGAUAAAUGUGUCACUGCUGAUAAAGGCAGUAAAUGUGACAGAUGAUACGAAGUUGACAGGAGAGUGUAUGAUCAACCCACUGUUGAGUGACCUGAAGAGGUCAGUGUACGAUAGAAAUUCAAGUAAAUUUAUAAUGAACAUACUGGAUAACGCAAACGAAAAGGCGCCGAACAGCCUGAAGGAGCCGGAGUUGAGAACGGAGGAGCUCCAAAGCAGACUAGUGCCGCAUUUGGUGGAGUUCUUCCACGGAGAAGACCUGAAGGAGGUUUUAGAAACGAAUCACACAGGGACGAUUUUACUACACACGUUAAAGCUGUCAAGGGACGGAGCAAUGGUGGAUGGGAUUAUGCAGCUGGUUAAGGAGAAUUUGAAGCAGUUUCUGAACAAUGCGACCAUGUUGAGGUUCCUGCAGUCAAUGGUGAAGAGCAGUAACAGAGUGAGCGCAUCGCUGGUGGCGCUCAGAGUGUCCGAGAGGGUUUGGGAACUAGUGAAGAGCGACGUGGACGACAUUCUGAGGUCAAAGUCGGUGUUUUUACUGGUUGAUUUGCUGGAGUCGUUUACGAAGUACGGAGAAAAGGAGCUGAUAAGUGAAUUCACCUCUAAAGUGACUUUGAAGAAGAUAGCUAAGGCCAAAAGGGAAAUUGAAGGUACAGUUGACACUGUAAAUUCUGGAUUUACAUGCGUUAUUGUAGGCGCAAACUCUACUGGACUCGAUCUACUGUCUAGCUUGCUGAGGAAGUGA